CUUGGUUCAUCCAUUGUCCAGUUUCAAUAUUUAUAAUAGUUCCAUACACAAAACUAAUCAUAACUCUCAUAGGUUCAAACUAGCAUAAACCAAGCAUUACCUUUAAUCAUAUUAGGGAAGGAAAAGUGAAAAUAUGGGCUCAGAAACCACACCACAGCUUCCACUAAUUGACUUCAAUAACCUCAACUUAGAAACCAAAAGUCCCAAUUGGGAGUUAGUGAAGUCUCAAGUUUAUAAAGCACUAGUAGAGUAUGGUUGUUUUGAAGCAAUUUUUGAUAAAGUUUCUUUAGACCUUUGCAAAGCCAUAUUUGAUUCACUAGAAGAGCUUUUUGAUCUCCCUUUACAAACCAAGCAACUCAAUGUUUCUAAGGAGCCUUAUCAUGGUUAUAUUGGUCAAUAUCCUAUGGUUCCACUUUAUGAAAGCAUAGGCAUUGAUGAUGCAAAUGUCUUUGAGGAAGUGAAAAGCAUGACCAACAUCUUGUGGCCACAUGGAAACCAGAGUUUUAGUAAAACUAUACAUUCGUUCUGUGAAGGGCAAACGGCGUUGGAUCGCAUUAUUAGAAAGAUGAUUUUUGAGAGUUUAGGAGUUGAGAAGUACUUAGAGGAGCACAUGAACUCGACCAAUUAUCUUCUUAGGGUUAUGAAGUACAGAGGACCUCAAACAAGUGACACAAAACUAGGCCUUAGCACACACAGUGACAAGAAUGUUGUGACCAUAUUGUACCAAAAUCAAGUGGAGGGUUUACAAGUUAUGACCAAAGAUGGAAAAUGGAUAAGCUACAAGCCUUCUCCUGGCAAUUUUGUAGUUAUAAUUGGUGAUUCUCUCCAUGCAUGGUCAAAUGGGAGGUUGCAUCCCCCAAUUCAUCGGGUGAUGAUGAGUGGGAAUGAGGCAAGAUAUUCGACAGCCUUGUUCUCUAUCUUUAAAGGAGGGAGCAUUAUAAAAGCUCCAGAGGAGUUGGUCGAUGAGGAACACCCUUUGCUCUUUAAGCCCUAUGAUCAUGUUGAGUUUCUUAAGUAUAAUUUCUCUGAAGAAGGCCAGAGGGAUCAAAAUGCUUUGCGCACUUUUUGCGGUGUUUGAACAAAGGUUAUGUUAUUGAAAGAGCGUGUGCCAUAUAAAUAAUGUGUUUAAGUGCUUUAUGUAAUUAAUAUCGAAGUCUGGCGUAUGUGGUUGGUCAAAAUGUGUUCAAAUACUCUUGUGUGUAAACAUAUAUGCAAAGUUGAAGAUAAUAUCAAAUUAAUUAGAAUAAGUACAAUGAUUGUCAGGAAUGGCUCUAAAAUAAUAAAACCUGGUCUUAUUCAUUGGACACUCUUCAAAAAAAUCAUAUUCCAUGUCAUAGAAAUAGACAUUAUAACUUACCAAUUAAUUAAAUGUGCAAUUUGAGUGAUGAAUCAUGUUAGUAGAGAAUGGACAAAUGAAUGAAGAUAGUAUUCUUGUUUUAUCCUAUCACCGAUGAUGUUGAGUGGAAAUUAGCUGCCGGAUAGAAAGGUCGAAUGCUUAUUAAAUACUAACAUUAAAAAAUUAUAAGAGAGUGAUGUGUACCUGCGAGAUCCACUAAGUUGCCCAAAUGGGAGGAGCUCCAUUCUGAAUUCUCUAAUGUUGCUACACACCAGUCCUCUAAAAUUGUCUGCUUCUGUUAACAUGUCACAGACAAAUACUUUAUAAUCAUGUUGUAUGAAAUUCAUAAUACAAACAUACCCUUUUUUGGAUCACUUGUGUGAGUUGUCAGACACAUGUUGUAAGGGUGUCAUACAGAUGUCGGAACCGGUUUAAGAAGUGUCAAAGCAAAGACGAAGAAAAAUGGGGACGCUUGUUUGAAUUAUCUAACUUACAUCGUACGAGUGUCAUUCAAAUCUCAGACACCGACGACGUGUCGGAAACCACGACACGCCUAGUCUGAGAGGUGUUCGUGCUUCAUAAGAUUCAAUUCAAGUUAGUGAAUUGUGGGUGAAUAUAGGUAUUAGGUGUGAUCCGUAAACUAACAGAAAUGGUUCGGUUAGUUUCAGUGCAGUUCGGUUUUACAGUUUGGUCAGGCAUAAAAAAGUUAUCUUAUGAAUUGACCUUUCAGAUAGAUUGGACCAAACCAAUCAACGUAUCACCUAAUCUAUUUUUUUUUUCCUUCAAAAAAAGUGCAAUCAGCUUCUGAUGAAGUUAAGAAAACGUAUAAACUAGAGGGCCUUUAGAACUCACUAGUAGAUU